UAAAAAAGUCAUUAUUUGUUCAAGUGCACAUAUGAUAUUUUCAUUGCUUUAUCAUGACCUUUACCUCUUGCACUGCACUUUGUCAACCAUAGAACUUCUCUAUUCCAAGCAUAAGUCCAACUGUGCAGGUCAGCUGUUUGGGUCAGAAAGUGCUGUUGCCAGAUCAGUCUGAAAUCAAACCUCACUUUUCUAAAGAUUUCAAAGAUGGUGCGUCUGUGUGCUUUUCCGGGCUGUUCAAACAAAGAAACUUCCUGGUCCCCAUAUAUAUUUCACCGUGUUCCGUUGAUCGAUAUUGACCUUAGACAGCUGUGGCUAGCUGCACUGAAGAGAGACAUCAACUCUCCACCUGCAAAAUUGAAACAACUCCGCGUUUGCAGUAAACAUUUCUCUGAAGAGGAUUAUGUAUUAAGAUUACUGCCAAAUAAUCGAGUGAGACAUAUGCUGAAGAGCACUGCUGUACCCAAACAUCAGGUAACAGAGGGGACAGACAGUGAAGCCAUGGAAGCUGUUUCAGAGCCAGGAACAUCAGUAGAUGUUGGGGACCCGGAGCUUGUUCACACAGCAUCUCCUAGACUCUCUGAACAUGGAGAAGAGGAUGACUUUGCUGCUGCUGAGAAUGAAAUGGAAGGUAAAGAAACUGAACCUAAAGAAAGUGAUGAGACUUCACAGCCCUCUCUCCUUCCAGAUGAGACAAUCAGCACAGUUUUGGUUGAAGGUGGUGAGCCAGGUAGCACCUCAGAUCCCGAAAAAGAGGUGAAAACUGAGGAAGAGUUUGAAACAAAUGAACCAGACAUCAACACUAAGGAGGACAUUAGCGAGCAGCCAGUGAAGAAAUUGGGGCUUUCUACAGCAGAAGACCUUGACGAGAUGAUGGAUAUUGGUACAGUGGAUCAGGUGGAACAGGAAGCUCAGAUGAAAGAGGAGCAGGAUAACUUGAUGGAUGUGGAUUGUAGCCGUUCAUCUACCACUUCAACAGCAGCCUCAGGGGUGGAGAACAGUAACACUGUUGAGGAGGAAACUGAUGUGAAGCCCACUGUAUUACCACCACCUGCAGAGGAGGAUGUGAAAGUGGCUUUAGAUUCGAUGCAGUCCGGUUCAUCUCCAUCGUCUGAAGCCACAGCCAGUACAGGAAGGGACAGCUCAUCGCCAGCAACCUUAAUGAAUGGGAUGAAAGUAGUUAAGCUGUCAAUACCAAGAUUAGACCAUGAAAGCAUAUGUUCUGACACUCAGCCAAUCAAGUCGUCUCCUUCACCACCCUUGGUGAAUGUGAAGGAUGAGCCUAUAGAUGAAGAGUAUGAACAAGCUCUAAUAUCCUCUACAUCAACAGCAAGUGUGAAAGAUGAGCCCAACACUGCAAAGGAGGACUUGAGGAUUGGUUCAGUCUACUCUGUGACCCCAGCUGCUGAAACACAGGCGCUGCCCACCAUCUACCCCUCAUCACUAGAGAUGUACUGUUCCCACUGCAAGAAGAGCUUGAUGAAAGGACAGACAGCUUUCCAGAGGAAGGGCUCACCAGCACUCUUCUGCUCCACCUCCUGCCUCACCACGUCUCUCCCCGCUGUCAAAGGAAUCACUAAGAUCUGCCACAACUGCCAAAAGUUGAUAUUUCGGCCUCAGGACGUCAUUCUGGCUCCAGAUGCUAAAGGAGCCAUGAAGGAAUUCUGCAGCCAGAACUGCCUGACGUCCUUCAACUUCAGGAAAUCUGCCGCCACCAAAAAACCACAGCAGCCAAUACCGCCACCGUCACUCUGUAGCAUGUGCACCAGAUACUGCGUUAGCAAACAUGAGGUGAUCCUGGGUGGAGCUGUCCAUAAGAUGUGCAGUGACGCCUGCUUUAACCGUUUCCGUACGGUUAACAACCUUUCAAUGGCCGGCUGUGCAAACUGUGGUUCCUACUGCCACAACAAACCGCUCAUGUUGAAGAUGGAAGACAGCAGCAAAACUCUGUGCAAUGCACAGUGUCUGGCCAAAUACAAAGAGAAAACCAAGAUAAACCAGCCUUGUACAAUGUGUCGCACGGCCCGUUUGCUGGCAGAAAUGGUUGACAACAAAAACAGCGAUGACUCUGUGAACCUGUUCUGUAGCAGCAGCUGUGUGAUGGCGUUCAAGGUGCAGACUGUCAGUGUAUCAGGUACAGGUGCACGGAUGAGUUGUGAUAAUUGUGGGAAAAACACAGUGCCGUCCUACCACCUGGCCAUGUCAGAUACCUCCAUCAGGAACUUCUGCAGUCUACCCUGUGUCAUGGCUUUUCAGGAUAAGUUCAAGAAGUCCCAGAAACAGGUGAAUGUUUUCACUAAACUUCCAAUCGGAUCCACCCAAAUCCAGAGUGUCACUCCCACCCAAACUGUGCAAGACACCUCCAAAGGACCACUGAAACUGAACUGCGCCCAGUGUUCCCGCAACAUAGCUUUUAAACCAGACGUCCUCCAGGUCAAGGACAAGUUGGUUUUCGUGUGCAGCAUGGACUGCGCUUACGAGUUCAAAAAAGACAACUAUGUGACGAGCCUGUGUGAAUACUGUAAGAUCGAAAAGAUCACCAGGGACGCCAAGAGGAUUAACAACAAAGACUGCUACUUCUGCAGUGAUGGCUGUAAGCUGCUCUUCAGACAUGACCUGACUAAAAACUGGGGGAAACAUUGUCAGUCCUGCGUCUACUGCCAUAGUAUGUCCAAGAAGCUGGUGACGGCUCAGUAUGGAGGCUCAACAGAGGAGUUCUGCUCUGAGGAUUGCAGGUCCAAGUACACCAUGCUCUUCUGCCAUGUUGCAAAGUGUGACACCUGUGGCCGCAAAGGGAAACUGAAGCAAAGUCUUCCCAUGCUGGGAGAAGUCAAACACUUCUGUGACCUCAGUUGUGUGCUACAGUUCUGCUGUGAUAAAGUGGCCACGCAGGGGGAGAUCUUUAAAGGUAAAGGGGAGGCCACACCUGUCAUCGCCAACGUUAUCUCACUCGCAGGCUCUCCAACGAGGAAAUCUGACAGAACUGUUCAACAAAGUACACAACACUCUAACACAGGCACAGUCCUUCAAUCAAAGAACUCUGGACAUAUCAGUGUGCAGACAGAUGCAGUGAAAGUCAAUCCUCCUCCUCCUGGACCGAAAAUUCUGAAGAACAAGGCCCUGCUCUGCAGACCGCUGGUGCAGAACAAAGGGGUCUCCUGUAGAACACAGACAGUCGAUGUCGAAGCACAGACAGAUGACGUCUUCCCUAAAGUCAUGGUUGUUCCUAUCCCAGUGCCAGUGUAUGUUCCUGUACCCAUGAAUAUGUACAGCCAGUGUACACCUAGACCUGUGGGCUUGCCGUUACCGCUUCCUGUACCCAUGUUCCUUCCUGUGACAAUGGACAGCGCUGAAGGCAUUGUGGAAACCAUCCAGGAGAUCAAGGAAAAGAUCCCGUCUGACCCCUUCGAGGCUGAGCUCAUCCUCAUGGCGGAGAUGGUGGCAGAACAAGACGAGAAGAAAGACAAAGCAGAGAAACCAAAGGAGAAAGUUGUGGAGAAAGAGAAAGGGAGACAAGAAGCUGCUCUAGCUGCUCCAGAUGACCAGGCCAGUCACUACAGUGACGACUUGGACACAGAUGACUUGGCCAGUUUCCUCAACAACUGGGAGGACGCCUCCUCUGAUGCAGGUGUCAGGUCUCCCACUCGACCAUUCACCCAGGAGAAGCUCAACCCGAUUCUAGACAUUCCUGCGGGCAUGACCAGUGAGCCUGACUCUGAGCCCCCACCUCCUGCUCCGCCUCCCAUGGACAUCGAAGCUGACUUCACUGUUGAAACUCUGGAGAGGAUGGCGCGGUUGAGAGAGCAGGCCCGGCGAUCUCCCAGCCCUUCACCUGCCGCUCCACGAAGACGACAAGCUCACAGGAAAGCCCGAGAAAAGAGGGGUCGUAAGCCACAGCGGUCUAAGGCAGCUGACACUUCGACUCAAAAAGGCUCUUCCAACAAGACAGUGGCUUUCGAUGUCCCAAAACUGAAGAGUCAGUAUGGAGUGGAUGUCUGGAAGCGAUGGAUCCAGUGGAGGCAAACUCAGCCCAACUUGGAGAAGCCACGCUUUGGUUCUCGUCCCAUGGAGUUGAAGGAGGAUGUCCUUCGCUGCACAACUGCUGAGCUGAGCUAUGGCCUCUGUUGCUUCAUUAGUGAGGUGAAACGCCCCAAUGGAGAACCGUACUCCCCUGACAGCCUGUUCUACCUCUGCCUCGGCAUUCAACAGUACCUGUUUGAGAACGGUCGUGUGGAGAACAUAUUCAUGGAUCGGUUCUACAACAAGUUCUCCACCGAGUUCACUAAUAUGCUGAGAGGAUUCAAACCCUCUGUCACAGCAAGCGGUUAUAUCCAUUCCCGUGUGGAGGAGGAGUAUCUUUGGGACUGUAAACAGUUGGGGGCGUACUCCCCCAUUGUCCUCCUCAACACUCUGCUCUUCUUCUGCUGCAAGUACUUUGGCUUCACCACAGUGGAGCAGCACCGUCAGCUGUCCUUCGCCCACGUCAUGCGCUGCACCAAAACCAACCCGAACAACACCAAGACGACCUUUCUGCGCUUCUAUCCCCCAAUAUCCAUAAACGAGCCAGAGUCAGAUCCAGAGGUUCCGGCAAAGAAGCGUAAGGAAGAGGAGAGUAAAGAGGAUAUCCUGGAGAUGAUGGAGAACACAGAGAACCCUCUCCGCUGUCCAGUCAGACUGUAUGAGUUCUAUCUUUCCAAGUGCUCGGAGUCAGUCAAGCAGCGCACCAACCUGUUCUACCUUCACCCUGAGCGCUGUUGCGUCCCCAACAGCCCCCUGUGGUUCUCUUCUACCCCUCUGGACGACAGCACCAUGGAGGCCAUGCUCAUCCGCAUCCUCACUGUCAGGGAGCUGCAUCUAAAAGCAAGGCAAGAUGGAGGGACUGAACAGAAAACACUUGAUGAUCCACCAUUUAUACCUGACGAACAAGAUGGGGAUUCAGAGUGAUGAAAAGCAGAAGUGACCUUUUAUUGGUGCAGCGGCUUGUGGUGUAAAUAUUUGUAGAUAAACUGUUCAUUUAAACAUUGCCCAAUAAACAGAAAUGAACUGAAUAAAUCUCUGGCAUACAUAACUACAAAGUGCAGAACUGCGAAGAAAGUCAUACUUCCUAAAACACAUGUUGUGUAGGUGGGACUAAAGACAGCUCAGCAUUCAGACUGUUAACUACUGCUCAGGAGGACACAUUGCUGUCCUUCUGUUUUGUCUGCUGAAUGGUUGCUUUUCAUAGAUAAUGUUACUUUUUUCCUUCCACGUUACAGUUCCUUCAUUUCUCGUGCAAACUGGACUUAAGGUUUUUUUGUCCUUGUUUAAAAAAGCUACAAUGAAAAACUGUUUUGAUCGCUGUUAAUGUCAAUGAGUAAACGUCCAGAAGACAAACUGAAAACAACUUUCCGUGAUGUAGAUGUAAACAGUCAAUCAUCAUGUUGAGUGACAAACCUGCAGUGUACUUUGAUUUUCAACUGUGCAUCAAUGCCAUUAUUUGGUGUCAGUCAAAGAGCACAUGCUUAUUUCCAGACCCAAUAUUUUUGCACAGAUUUAUACCCAAUAUCUGUUAAGUCUUUCUCAGAAAUUUAGGAAUUACACUAAAUAACAAAAUAAUUCCUGGAAUUCAUAGGAAAUCAUACCAAAGUGUGACAUGGCUGGAUUAUUUCCUUUUUAUAUCUUCUUGUAAAAUUGAUGUUCCAGAGGCUUCUCCAACUUGCCACGGUGAAAUGUUAAAGAUAAAUUUACACAAUAACUUAAUAAUUUUGUUUGUCAGAUAACUUUACUUGCAAAAAGUCUGGUCAGAGUGACGUUUAAUUUUUUGUCCUAUACACUUAAUGAAACAAUUUUCUAUAUUUGACUCAUCAUUAGAAAUGGACCAAUUUCAUCACCAGUGUCUGAAUAAUGGGAAUAAAAAAUGUUAGGAAUUGAUUUGAAAACAUUUAAAAAAAAAAUGUAUCACUGUAUAAAAAGGCUGUCAACUUUAUUGCCAUUUGGGGAAAAAACAACACAAUUUUACCUGUUUGUUGAACGCACUGAAAUGGCUGCCAAGGUUCUGAGUAUUUUCUAUUGUAUGUUGUUUUUAAAUAAACACAUUUCAAAACGUA